AAGGAGUAUGCAAGCUGUGAGGUUAAUUUAGCAUGGCUCUGUGCGUACGAACGUCGCCGGGGAAGCGUGGUUGAGCCAGGGUGGGAUUCAACACUGUCCGGAUCUAAGAUGAUGAGGACGGCGAUAAAGGCCUCAAUGGAGACAGGGCCGAAGUGCCUGAGCGAGAGAGCUGACGCAGACUGGAGACUGGUAGGGCUUGGUUUGCGCAGAUGAGGGCCCAAUACGCACACGUCGUGACGUGACCGCCCAGUAGCGAAUGCCCGCUGCGAUGAUCCCCCGAUGCUCGCGGUCGUUGGAGAGGUCUCGAAGUGUGGUGCAGGGAUGACGCCGACGUGAACUGCUGGCGCUGUCAUGGUAUGCUAUCCUGCGACAAAUUGGCUGCGAAGGCGCGUCCUUCUCCACAGUGUUCAUCUCGCUAGCAAGGCCCUGGCAAAGGCUCGACUAAUCUCCACUCGCGUCAUCGCGAUUGAGGAUAAUCAGCGAUUCCACAGUUGCGUUGCACAAGCGUGGUCAAGCGAGCAUGUCACUGGCCAAGCUGGAUUGCAGUACGUGAUGGCCGCCGGUCGUCGGUUAAUGCGCAUGAGGCCUGACCCAGCGCUCUGGCUACGGUCGCUGCAUGACUUGCACUCCAAUAGUACGGGCGCUGUCCAAGACAGACGAUUGCACGUGGAAGACCGAUCUGAUACAAAAUCACUUCGGGCCUAUCCAUUCGUCUCGAAUUUUCGGUGGUCAGACGGUUUCCAGCAGGCUUGCUAUUUCCCGACGGCACCUGCACAGCGUCUCCCCCCACCGGUCCGCAGUGGCGCGUCUAUGGUGAGGCGUAGGAUAUUUCUUUUUCCCAGUGCGCCUCCGCCGCCCAAGAAGCAGGGAAAGCUAUCCCACGUUCUCCAUUUUUUCUUGUCUUGCAUGUGUCCGCUACUCAUCGUGUUCGCGCGGUCAGCACUGCAUCCUGCCGGUGCCGACAGCCUGUGUUAGCUGUGCACGUCAUUGGAGGGUAAUAUCGAUUUGACGCUUUUAGACCAGGUCGUCGGUAAUAAUGCCCUCCGGU